AUACAGCUGUUGCAUUGUGGGAUUGGCAGACAGUAGAGGGGCUGGUGUGCCGUUCAGUGUACAGUCAGACCAGUAGGAAGUCGCACGAGCUUCUCCGCAGCAGCAGCAGCAGCAGCAGCAGCGCACAUUUUUCCCGGCAGAUCUUGAGGUUAACGGACCCUGACAGAAAAAUGUCCACCAUGUUGGGGACGGUCGCCAAACAGCUGAAGAGCCACCCUGCUCUCAUCCCCCUCUUCAUCUUCAUCGGUGGCGGGGCAACCAUGAGCAUGACGUACUUGUGUCGACUGGCUCUGAAAAACCCUGAUGUCUCUUGGGAUCGCAAGAACAACCCCGAGCCCUGGAACAAAAUGGAGCCCAACCAGCAGUACAAACUUUUCAAAAUCAACAUGGACUACUCCAAGCUGAAGAAGGACAGGCCUGAUUUCUAAGUCAUCGUGUCUUUGCACCUCCGUCACUGAUAUUGUCGUCAGUGCGAGGAGCCUUUGCACUUUUUCGCCGAACACAUAACAAUCCCUUGACGCUGAAUGAAGGCUGAUUUCCAGUGUGAAGGGGGGGAAGGGGAUCAUUCACUUAUCAAUGACUGUAUGAAUAAAACAGGCGACCACCUGUUUAACUUAUGAAUUUAUUUUUGAAUGUAUUAAUUAUUAAAUAUAUUUCAAUCUCA